CGGGGGGCUCCGUAAGGAUGACUUCAUACGCAACGUCUCUGCUAUGAACUACUCAUCGCCUCUAUAAAUCUCGGUCUCCCGUCGCCGACCCUCUCAUUAAUAUCUGCUGCUGCUUCGAUCGCCCCCAUCGCCAGUCGCCGAUACGCAUGACAUCCGGGCAGAUGAAAGCGAUUUACUUCCCCGAGCCCGGCCCUGCGUCCGUUCUCUCCCUGACCGAAGUCCCAAUUCCCGCCCUCGAAACUCCUUACGACAUCCUUGUUCAGAUUAAAGCAUGCGCUCUCAACCCUGUCGAUACUAAGAUUCGCAGCGGCAAGUUCCCCGCUCAUCCUAUUCUCGGAUUCGAUGCCGCUGGUGUAGUGGAGAAGGCGGGGCAGCAAGCAUUGUACAAACCGGGGGACGAAGUUAUGUACUCGGGUGCGCUGGGCCGCUCCGGCACGAAUGCGCAGUACAGCGUAGUUGACUCCAGGAUUGUCGGACGCAAGCCGAAGGGGUGGGGUUGGGCGGAGACCGCGGGUCUUCCUCUCGUGGGAUUAACGGCUUGGGAAAUGCUCGAAGGGCACUUCAACUUGAAGCCGUUCCAGAGUCCCAGUAAAGAAGAAACGUUACUAAUCGUCAACGGCGCGGGUGGGGUAGGAUCGAUUGCAACUCAGCUUGCAGCCAGAGUCUUCAAGAUAAAAAGUGUUAUUGUCACGGCGUCUCGUAAAGAGACCCGUGUGUGGGCAAAGCGCAACGGGGCGACGCAUGUCAUUAAUCAUCACGAGGCUCUAGGUCCCCAACUGGAACAGUUGGGUCUCAAGCCGACCCUGGCGUUCAUAUGUCAUGAUACUCAGAAAUAUUUGGAACCGAUUGUGAAACUGAUGAGUCCGUGGGGUCGUAUCGGUUCAAUCGUGGAAACAGAUAGCCCGCUCAACUUCCAUACUAUGGACGCGUUCGGCAAGGCUUUGUCCUUCCACUGGGAGUUUAUGCUCGCCAAGCCUGCUAACCAGUUCGACUUGGCAACGCAAGGGCGGAUGCUUAACGAUUUGACGAAAGCCGUCGAGGAUGGAGACGUGACCAGUCUGGUUACCGUCAAAGAAGUGUUAAGUCAGGACAGCUUGCAGAGAAUGCACCGAUUGAUCGAGGGAGGCGUCAGCAUGGGCAAGGUUGUAUUCGAAGUUCAGGACACCAUCCGGGAGAUGUAAUGUAUCGAUCCUGUCAUUCCCUAUUUCAGGGUUGAGCAGGUCUUAGAGAGUCCAUUUUCUUCUAUAUCCCGCUUUCUUGUCUACAUUUACGUAACGUAGGGGGAUUUUGCCGAAUCACUUAACUGUCCUUGAGCCUGAUAUAUCAGAUAUGCA